AUGAAACGUUUCAGAUACGACAUCAUUGGUAUAUCUGAAGUCCGCUGGACAGGAAAAGGCGAAACGCCAAGCGGUGACUUCAUUUGGUCGGGAGAGGAAAGAACACAUACGAGGGGUGUGGGCUUCCUCCUCAGUAAACAAGCAAAAAAGGCAUUGAUAGGAUACAACCCAAUUAACUCCCGGAUAAUAACGGCAAGAUUCAAUGCAUCUCCGUUUAAGAUGACAGUGAUGCACGUGUACGCGCCUACUUCCACAUCUUCCGAGGAAGACAUCGAGGCAUUCUACAGCGACAUCGAUGAGGUGCUCUCGAAGACAGAUAAAAAGGACGUCAUCAUUCUGACAGGUGAUUGGAAUGCAAAAAUUGGUAGCGAUAACAGUGAUUGGAAACCUGUAAUGGGGCGAUACGGAUACGGCGACAGAAACGAACGCGGAGAACGCCUUCUAGAAUUCGCUACAGCGCAUAAUCUCUACGUAUGCAACUCGAGAUUCCAACAUAAAUCGGAUCGGAAGUGGACCUGGGCUUCUCCAGAUGGUGUUCACAAGAACAUGAUUGACCUGAUUCUCAUCCAACAGAGAUGGAAGACCUCGGUCAUCAACUGUAGAACGUUUCAGAGCGCAGACAUAAGCUCAGAUCACUCGUUGGUGCUGUGCAACGUCAGACUGCGACUCAAGAAAUUGAAAAGCGAAGCACAACAGUGCCGCAGAGUUGAUGUAAGCCGAUUAACGGACGAGAAAACGAGGCAAUCCUACAAUGCUACACUAGCCAAACACAUGGAAAGCAUAGAUCCUACAGACGAUCUGGAAGAGCAUUCCGCGAGGAUCUCAGAAGCGAUCAGAAGCGCAGUCGAUUCGACCGUACCAGUCAAGCGGGCUACGAAGAAACCUUGGAUCUCCGAAGAAACGCUGAAGCUAGCCGAUGAAAAAAGGAGGCUGAAACAAAUGAAAAACGUUUCAGACAGAUACGCACAAGCGUACAGAGACUCUUGUACGAGAGUCAAGAAAGCGGCAAGACAGGAUAAAGAGCAUUGGAUCCACGAACAAUGCGAGCAAGCGGAAAAAGGUCUGAAGAUUGGUAACACCAGGGAAGCAUACAGCCUUAUCAAAACGCUUCGGAAAAAGUUCACGCCUCGAUUGAAUGUGCUGAGAAGUCAGGAUGGGACAUUGCUCCAGUCGAAAGACGAGAUCAAACAGAGGUGGACUCAAUACUGUAGCGGACUGUACCAGGACCACGGAGGUGGAGAUGUGGUGGUACGAGAACUUGCAGAGAUCACACCCUUCACCGAUGACGAAGAGUCUCACGACAUCCUGUACUCGGAAGUACAGUCAGCGAUAAGCUCGCUGAAAAAGAAUAAAAGCCCAGGGUCGGACGGAAUCACUGCAGAGAUGCUACAAGCUGGAGGGGAACAGCUGGCGCGACAGAUACAUAAGCUCUGUAGCAAAGCAUGGCGAGAAGGCACCAUUCCAGAAGAGUGGGGCAAAUCUCUUCUAGUACCGAUACCAAAGAAAGGAGAUCUAAGUAACUGCUCGAACUACCGAACGAUCUCUCUUAUCAAUCACACGGGAAAGGUACUUUUGAUAGUGCUACUAAACAGACUAAAAGGUCACCUCGAUCCGUACCUAUCAGAAGAACAAGCUGGCUUCCGAAAGGACAGAAGUACUGUACAUCAGAUCUUGACAUUGCGGCUCAUAGCCGAAAAGGCUAAACGACAGGGGAAAAAAGUGUACAACUGUUUCAUUGACUUCCAAAAAGCAUUCGAUACGAUCAAGCAUAACAUCAUCUGGGCUACGUUGAAGUCCUACGGGGUGGAACCGAGAAUGGUCACCCUGCUAAGCCAGAUCUAUGAGAAAGCACAGUCAGCUGUUCGCAUUGGUACAGAAUACGGUGAUUGGUUCCAUACGAAUGUGGGAACGAGACAAGGCGACCCGCUGUCACCACUCCUCUUCAUCGCAUACCUCGACCGAGUCAUGGAUCAGGUGAGACAGAACACCUGCGGAGUCCGAAUCGGUGGAAUGACGAUAAACAACUUGAGGUUCGCUGACGAUAUUGAUCUCAUGGAGGAGGACCUCGGCUUACUCAAAAGGCAAAUCGAGCUGACAAAGGAAAGUGCCGAACAGCCUACUGACGUGGGACAACAACUGCUCGGAAGAGAUUAA